UCUUUUCACACCAAACUAAUAAAUGAUUAUCAUCUACUCUGAAAUUCACUUGAAAUUCAAUCCAAAUUUAAAUCCAAAUUCAAGUUUUCUCUCAUAUCUUCCUCGCCGACCUUUAUCUCUCUCUAAACUUUUCACGUUUUUCUUACUCUUUCUCUCCCACCAUCACUACUGUAUCUCAUCAUCUUCUUGGUUUUAGGGGUUUGGUUGCUUAUGAUACAUGACUGAUUAUAGAUUACCAACAAUGAAUUUAUGGACAGAUGAUAAUUCAUCAAUGAUGGAUGCUUUUAUGGCUUCAGAUCUUUCUUCUCCAUUUGCUGGUGCUAAUAGUUGGCCUCCAUCAUCAUCUGCAUCAACAAUAACGUCUGAUCAACAGCAGCAGCAACAACAACAGCAACUGCAACAACCUGUGGUUUUCAAUCAAGAAACUUUACAACAAAGACUUCAAAUCCUAAUUGAAGGAGCUAGAGAAAGUUGGACUUAUGCAAUCUUUUGGCAAUCAUCAGUUGAUAACACAGGGGUUUCAUUUUUAGGGUGGGGAGAUGGUUAUUACAAAGGAGAAGAAGAUAGAUUGAAAAGAAAAACAACCCCAUCUUCUUUAGCAGAACAAGAACAUAGAAAAAAAGUUUUAAGAGAAUUGAAUUCAUUGAUUUCAGGGGUACCCGCUUCAGCUGAUGAUCCAGUUGAUGAAGAAGUUACAGAUACAGAAUGGUUUUUUCUUGUUUCAAUGACUCAAUCUUUUAUCAAUGGUGGUGGUUUACCAGGUCAAGCUUUUUUCUCUUCAUAUCCUGUUUGGUUAACUGGUAAUGAUAGAUUAUUAAGUUCUACUUGUGAUAGAGCUAAACAAGCUCAAUUAUUUGGCUUACAAACUAUGGUUUGUAUACCUUUAGCUAAUGGUGUUGUUGAAUUAGGUUCUACUGAAAUCAUUUUUCAAAGUUCAGAUCUUAUGAAUAAAGUUAGGAUUUUGUUUAAUUUCAAUAGUCCUGAUAAUGGGUCAUGGCCAGUAUCAUCGUCACAACAACAACAACAGAAUGAUCAAGGUGAAAAUGACCCUUCUUUACUUUGGAUCUCUGAGCCGACGCCUGUGUUAGAGAUUAAGGAAUCAUCAUCAGUUCCACCUGUUGUUGCUGAGGUUUCUAAACCAGUUAUUCAGUUUGAAAAUCAUAGCUCAAGUAGCCUAACUGAAAACCCUUCUAGCUCAAUUGUUCAUGUUCAACAACAAACACAAAUCCAAACCCAAACUCAAACGUUUUUCACAAGAGAAUUAAAUUUUUCUGAAUAUGGGUUUGAUGGAAGUAGUACAAAGAACAGUUCACAUCAUCAACCAUCUUCUUGCAAACCGGAAUCUGGUGAGAUUUUGAGCUUUGGAGACAGCAGUAAGAGAAAUUCUUCUAGUGCUGUUAAUGGUAAUAUUUUCUCUAAUAAUUCUCAAUUUGCUCAAGAUGAUAAGAAAAAGAAGAAAUCAGUGACUUCCAAAGGAAGUAAUAAUGAUGAAGCUGUGUUUUCAUUUACAUCUGGUGUGGUCAUACCUUCUUCCGGUGUUGUAAAAUCUAAUGGUGCUGGUGGAACCGUUGAUUCUGAUCAUUCUGAUCUUGAAGCUUCAGUCCGUGAAGCUGAAAGUAGCAGAGUUGUAGAUACAGAGAAACGACCUCGGAAACGCGGGAGAAAACCCGCAAAUGGUAGAGAAGAACCAUUGAAUCAUGUUGAAGCUGAAAGACAAAGAAGAGAGAAACUUAAUCAGAGAUUCUAUGCUUUAAGAGCAGUAGUCCCGAAUGUUUCGAAAAUGGAUAAAGCUUCGCUUUUAGGAGAUGCAAUUGCUUACAUUAACGAGCUUCGCACAAAGCUUCAAAAUACUGAAUCAGAUAAAGAAGGUUUGGUUUCACAAGUUGAUUCAUUGAAGAAGGAAUUAUCGUGUAAAGACACAAGAAGUUCUUCUGUGUCAGCAGCUCCACCUGAUCCAGAUCUCAAGUUAUUAAAUCACAUUGGAAAUAAAUCCCCUGAUGUGGAUAUUGAUGUCAAAAUUUUGGGUUGGGAAGCAAUGAUAAGAAUUCAGUGUAAUAAGAAGAAUCAUCCAGCUGCUAGAUUAAUGGUUGCCUUAAAAGAGCUUGAUUUGGAUGUGAAUUAUGCUAGUGUUUCAGUUGUGAAAGAUUUAAUGAUCCAACAAGCUACUGUCAAGAUGUCUAGUCGUUUGUACACUCAAGAACAGCUUAGAUCCGCUUUAGCAUCCAGAGUUGCUGAUCACCGAUAGGCCAAAGGCGAAGUUUUUCCAGGUGAAAUUGGCGUGUAGAAUUGGGAUUCAGCUAUUCUAAAGUAGUAGUAGCAAUGGACAGUGGUAGUACUACUAGCUGAAGAGAACAUUGAAUAGUGUAAAGGCGCGCAUAUACCAAUGACGUUGGCGACUAUCCUCCUGUAAGUGGUUCUACUCUUGUACUUGAAGUUGUAUAUAGAUGAAAUUGUAGAUGCAAAAACCACCACCGAAAUCGUGGGGUGCAGUAAGUUAUUUGAAUUUGUAGAGAUUUUCAAGUUUCUAUUGAACUAAAAAUGUUAGUAUAAUCUAUUGUUGUACGUUGUAUGUUGAAUGUCCUUGAAUUUCUAUUUUCAUGAAUUCAGUUGUGUUAAUCAACUCUACUACCA